AUUUUUUAUAGAUUAAAUGAUUGAUGACAAAAUCAUUAUUAACGAUAAAUGUUAUAAACUUCUAGCGCAAAUAGGCUAAGGAAGUGUAGGAAAGAUUUUUAAAGUUUAAUUUUAAGACUAAUUUUAUGCAAUAAAAAAGCAAGAAUAUUUUGGAGAGGGAGAAUUAAAUUUUUAUUAGAAUUUGAUGAAGAAAGAAAAUAGAAGAUUUCGAAAUUUAAUCUAAAUAUAUGAUUUUAAAAAAAUAGGUAGAUUUUCAUAUAUUGUUAUGGAACUGGGAGAAUGUUCAUUAUAACAUUUAAUAGAAUAGAAACAAAUUGAUAAAUAAAAUAUUAGAUUUUAUAUGCAAUAGAUUGGUUUUGGAAUCAAAGAAUUGCAUGAAGAUUUAAAUUUAGCUCAUAGAGAUUUAAAACCUGAAAAUAUUUUAGUGUAAACAAUAAAAUCUGAAAAUCUAAACUAAACAUAGCAAAUCUUUAAACUUUGCGAUUUUGGAUAUGUUAAAAAUAUUAACAAUUUAAAUACUAAAGCCAUAGGAACUCCUUAUUAUAUUCCUCCAGAGCUACUCAAAAAUACUAAUAAUAAUUAUAAUAAAAAAUGUGAUAUCUGGAGUUUUGGGUAAUUAAUUUAUGAAUUGAUAGCUGGAUAAUUAAUGUUUUAAGGUAUUUAAAAUAUUAUAUUUAUUAGGUAAUACAAUUCAAAUAAUUGAGAAUUAAAUCUUGACAAUUACAGAUUAUAAAAUUUAAUAUUUGAUAGAUUAGUUAGUUUUAGAAAAAGAAUAUAAAGAACUUCUAAAAAAUAUGUUGAAGAUAAAUAGUCAUGAACGAUUUGAUAUCUUACAAGUUUUGGAUUGUUUAAAACCUAGAUCAAAAUCUUAAUUAAAAUAUUGCCCAAAAUAAACUCCCAAUCAACCUAGUAUAAGAUAUCCUUUUUAGAAAUAAGAUAUUUAAUUUUAACGAUAAAUGUCUCCUUUUGUUCAAAGAAUUAAUAUCCAGAGUUAGUUAAAUCAUAAUUACUUUCAAAAUUAAUAAAAUAAUAAUUAAAUUGUUUCAGUGAUACAAAAUUAAAAAAAAAUAGAACCCUGA